GUGGGUCAGUCCGUGUGCUGCCGAGGCGAACCAAGCCGGACCGCCAUGAAGCAGCACUACGCCGACUAAUACACUAAACAGGGAACACAGCGCCACCCUCUGGUACGGUAGAGGCAUCGGCUAUUUUGCUCAGAUGCACAAUGAAGGCUGUACCCGCAAACUGUGAGAUGUGCAGUCACUGGCACUGCUAGCCUGUCGUUGCAAUUGACAAAGGACAGUUUGUAAGUGUGCAUGUUUUCCCCCCUCUACUUUCCUUGCACGAACAAGGACUAAUAGUAGAUAGUAAAAGAAGAGUAAUGUAAUUGGAGCAUUAUAUUACUUGAAUGUUUGGUGGGCUAGUUUGAAUACAAUUGGACUAUAAUGGCGCAGUGGAGUGUAAUAUGCUCUGAACGUGAGUCAACUUUACAGAAUCUGUCCAAUGACUGGUAUGGUUGUCGACUAAUAAACUCAUGUGCCUCGUUGUAUCACUGCAGUUUCCAGACACUGGCGUAUUGUGAGGAGAUGGCCAAUUUGGGCAAGACUGUUAUUGUCGCUGCCUUGGACGGGACCUUCCAGAGAAAGCCCUUCGGAACCAUUCUGAAUCUUGUCUCUCUUGUGGGAAACGUGGUGAAGCUUCACACCGUCAGCAUGCAGUGUUACAAAGAAGUCGCCUAUACAAAGAAGAUUGGAGUGGAGAAGGUGGUGGAAUUGAUCAGUGGACCGGAUAAAUAUCAAGCAGUUUGUCCAAAGUGUUAUUAUGGCGGUGUGAUAGCGACCAAAGAAAACCAACCUCUCCUCAGGGACCAGACUCAACAUGCACUCAAUGGAAUGGUGGACUCUGGAAUUCCCAGGAAACCUUUCUGUUCCCUCCACCUCUCAAACGAUUGCUCAAGUAUGGAGGCCCACAAUUGAGCUGUUGUGUGUGUGUGUGUGUAAACCGAAGUCUCAUUCAUUUUUACAUUAAUUCCAAUGGAACUAAUGAACUCGCACCCUCCUAAAUGCUGACAUAGGGAAUUUAUUUUGUUUCCAUUGUGAAAAUACUACAGGAUUACUUUUACAGUGGUGGUUAUGCAUUUAAAUACAUCAAUGUGGUCACUCGGAUAAGCACAUAUUUGUAUAUUUCAGUUUUUAUUCGACUAAGUUAUUGAGGAAGCGUAAGGCUGUUUUUUUUACAUUUGGGAGGUGGGUUUGCACAACUUUUUUUUUAAAGUUUAGUUUUACCUUGCAAAGUUGUGUUUUUGUUCGUUUUAGUGGUUAAUGGAUGUUACUAAUACAUAGAGUAACCUCUUAGAGCCACUAGUACUGAAGUUGUUCAUCAACAUGAAACACAUUUUACCAAAAUAGUAACAUGGGUUUAAAAUUUAGAAAAAUUUUUUUGACUUUCAUUGUUCAAGAAUUGCUGAAAAUUUACAGGUACAUAAUAUGGUAAUGAUGGUGGUUUAUCUUUUGUGUAUGUUUCAAAUCCGCCUCCCUUCCUCUUAAGAGUUAAUUCAGAAUCGGCUUUUAACAUUUGGUCUGUGGUAAAGUACAUACGGUCAUUUACUGCCCUGUCUUGUCCAAGUACCCCAAAAUAAUGUGCUUCAAAUCCUGUGAGCCCUCACAGCUCUGCAGUGAGCUAAAAAAGCACUGGCUCUACAACUUGCAGUGUAGUAAAGCAACUCAAACAC